AUGCCGCGUUUUCCGAGGAAACGCGUGUCGAAAACUGAGCUUGGAGAAGAUUCGAAGCGCCCCAGGGACUCGGAAGAGGAAGAAGGCGACUCCGGUGCCUCGUCUCCCGGAAGCGCCUUGUCCACUUCACCGGAUGUGCCCGGAAAUAGCGGGGAUUCGCGGAAACGAUCCAGUGGUGGAGCCGGGAAAAUGCGAGAGAACGAAGACGAGGAUUCCAGUAUCGAACACCACGUUGCGGACGGGGUGCCGUUGAGCGAACUUCCGAUCGCUGAGGACAUGCCGCGAAGGACGAGGUCGGAGUGGAGUACCGACUCGUAUGACGUUGGACCCGCACCGUUCAGCGAUGACGAGGCUGCCAUUCAAGAGCGGGAAGCCUGCGAUUAUACCAUCAAAGUUACCAUGGAUAUGGCGAAGGCUGGAAGAGCCAGAAGGAAAGUUCGUGUUUACGCCGACGGAAUUUAUGAUCUGUUCCAUGCUGGGCACGCGCGUCAGCUAAUGCAAGCAAAGAACGCGUUCCCGAACAUUUACCUAAUUGUUGGAGUCACAAGCGAUCAUCAGACACACAGCAAGAAAGGAAGAACCGUUAUGAGUGAGGAUGAGCGGUACGAAGCCAUCCGACACUGCCGUUAUGUUGACGAAAUAGUUCGUGAUUGCCCCUGGGAAAUCACUGAGGAAUAUCUUAUGAAGCAUAAGAUCGAUUUUGUGGCGCACGACGAUAUCCCGUACGUGACGGGCUCAGGAACGGACGUGUACGCGACCAUUAAGGCGAAAGGCAUGUUUCUGGCCACGCAGCGAACUCAAGGCGUUUCCACAUCAGAUGUCGUUGCCAGAAUAGUACGCGAUUACGACGUGUACGUGCGACGAAAUUUGGCGCGUGGUUAUACCGCGAAGGAGCUGAAUGUCUCGUUCAUGAAGGAGCAAAAGUUUCGGUUUCAAAAUAAGAUGGACGAGCUGAAAGAUAAAGGGAAACGGGUUGUGGAGAAUAUCGAAGGGGCCAGUACAUCUAUGAUUCAGCGAUGGAAGGACAACUCCCGGGAAUACAUUAGCAAUUUCAUCGGCUUCUUCGGGGAACCUUUGUCAAACAUUUGGCAGCGCCGUGCAAUUUCUCCGCCUCCCACAUCAGCAUCUUUGGAUUGCGGGAUAAGGGGGAAGAGCCCACCGACGAAGCGUCGCCCGAAGGCAGGCAGCAGAGAAUCCUCGGUACUAACCGCUGAAGAUUUGUCUGAUGGCGAGGACGAAGUUAUCGCUCCAGGGAAAUCCUCGCAAGCCGGAUAUCUGACUACCCUUGCAGAGUGAUCGUUGAUGGGAUGAAGGGUUCAAAGUUUCUUGUCAUCUGGGAUUGCAUCCUCUUGUAUACUGGCUCGGUUUUUCCUUCUACAAUUUAUUUCAUUUCUCCCUCGUGUUCCUAUUUCUCUCGUCUUUCUCACUCGCGAGUAAGCUGCUCUCUCCUGUGUAGAUGAGCUCGCCUUUUUUGUACUACUGUACUUGAUGAAAACCGUGGGAAAUUCGCUUUUCUAGCUUUAAGUCAAGUGUACGCGAGUGUUAUGCCUCGGUUGGACAGUGCCAGCGUUCGUUUUUACCUGCGUUUCUCCUACUGUUGAACGUAAUUACGUUUUUGCCGAAUCCAGGAUUUCCACGAUUUUAUGUUUUGAUUCGAAAUCGAUUUAUACGUUGGAUUGCCAGAUUCCGGAGAUUAUUGAUAUUGUAGAAAGAAGUGAUUUCGACGGUAUUCCAUUGGUGCGGAUGUGGGGUUAUCUGCUCUCGAUCGCGCCUGGUUAAUGUUUGAAGGAUAAUCUGUCGUCGAUCAACGUUUCGGUGGACACAUGGAGGUGGAUGAUGCAAGGAAUAAAGAUUAUCAGUUGAA